AUGCCAAACAACAACAAUAUCCAAGUCGCUGUGCGCUGUCGGCCACUUAAACCCGGCGAAUCGCAGAUCCUAUCUACAGACGGGCUACGCGGGAAUACGGUGACUAUAGACAGCACACACUCCACCUCUCAGCAGAAGGCGUACACAUUCGACCACGUCUUCGGUGACCAAUCAGACCAGGCCAUGCUUUACGCGGACGUCGGUGCUCCCAUCGUAGAUGAAAUGCUGCAGGGCUUCAAUUGCACCAUCUUCGCGUACGGUAUGACUGGCACUGGCAAAACCUACACCAUGUCGAUGGACGAGAAGGACACCGCUGCUCUCAACCCCUCUGACAGAUCUGAUAUAAGCAACGGUGCAGGUAUCAUCCCUCGCGCGCUGCACAGCAUAUUCAACAAACUCGAGUCCCAGCACGCUGAAUGCUCCGUACGCGUAUCCUAUAUUGAGCUAUACAAUGAAGAGUUGCGCGAUCUUCUCAGCCUCAACUAUAAACCACCCCAGACCACAUCCUCCACCAACUCAGGCGACGGGCUUAAAAUGUUCGGCGAUCCUAAAGGCAGAGGCGGCGUCAUUAUACAGGGUCUCGAAGAAACACUCGUAAAUUCCGCUGAAAUGGCUUUCGAGGCGUUCGAGAGAGGUAGUCGUCGGCGGAGGAUAGCCUCGACGAACUGCAACGAGUACUCGAGCAGAUCACACUCAGUCUUCACCAUCACCGUGCACAUUAAAGACUACACGGACCGUGGCGACGAGAUUGUCAAGGUGGGCAAACUCAACCUGGUUGAUUUGGCAGGGAGUGAAAACAUUGGCAGGAGUGGUGCUGUUGAUCUGCGAGCGCGUGAGGCUGGCAAUAUCAACGCCAGUCUGCUCGCAUUAGGCAGGGUGAUCAACGGGCUCGUCGAGCGCAGCGACAGGAACAGAAACAAAAAAUUGUCCGACAAGGCCGCUGAUAAGUCCUACAUUCCGUACAGAGACUCAAAACUCACCCGCCUUCUCCAAGACUCACUUGGCGGUGAAACCAAGACAUUCAUUAUUGCAACCAUCUCCCCAAGCAAGACAAGCAUCGAAGAGACGCUCUCGACACUUGACUACGCCUUACGAGCCAAAUCUAUUGAGAAUAAGCCACAGGUGCAGCAGAAAACGAGCAAAAAUACCUACAUCAAUGACCUAGUAGCGGAGAAUGUGCGCGUCAAGGCGGAAUUCCGCGCGAGCAUUGAGCACAAUAACGGCAUGUGGUUCAGUAAAGAGAAAGUAGCGCAGUACGACCACCUCGUCGACAACAAAGAAAAAUGCGAAAAGGAUCGUGAGGGGUUUGUAGCAGCAGAGAAGGAGCACCUUCACACACUUCAGAAACUAGAUCUCGCCGACAACGAGAUUAUCAUCAAACGCAACACUAUUGCUAAGCUCGAGAAGCAAGUGGAGGGGUUGACGAGGGAGGUGGAUGAGGAGCGGGUGGUUAACGGUGUGCGCGAGAAAGGUGAGCAGGUGAAUUGGAGUGCAGCGCAGAAGUGGCUGGAACACGCGCGCGACGAGCACAGCGAUGUGGAUAUCAUGCAUGGGAUGCUGGAGAAGAAGCAGACAGAGCACGUCAGUGAUGCGAGCACACUCUCCAAAUACCAUUCGGAAACUGCGCAAGUGAUACGUGAAUGCAGCGAAAAAUCCACCAACCACUCCCGUCUCAUAGACGAGGCGAUGGGAGAGAUGGACAGCAGGAAGAGGGAGCUUGCCACAUCUCUCAACUCCAUCCCUCAGCUAGCCGAGAGCGUUAUGGGGGAGUCUGCACAUAGGCUGCACGACCUCAUCGCUCACCUGGCUACAAUGGAAGACGAGAGCAGCGUAGCGAGCCAGCUGUCGUGCGACUCUAUUGUUAACUCAGGCGGACGAGUGAGCGAGAUGCUGGCGACGGUUGUGCGCAAACUCGAGGAGAGCAGUGCAGAAUUUGCUACCACGCUCACACAACUCCUGGAGAGAGAAUUGCAUGGAAUGGACGACAGACUAGAUAAGCUUUUCUACGAAUACACGCAACGCUCCACCGCCAAAGUGACGGCGAUGGAGAAAGAUGUGGAUCAGCUGACGCGCCUGUGCGCGCACAUGGAGGGGCAUUCUGUGCGCGUGGAGGGAUGGCUAAGCGAGGCACAGACGCGACUGCAAGCGUACGCUACGACCAGUGAGGCGAGUAGCAGUGAGCGUACGCGCGCACUAGUGGCUGAGGUAACGCGCGCAAUGCGUUCGUACGAGGAGGAAGAAGCGGGUGAACGGCACAAGCACCUGGAAGCAGUACGCGACCACAUGUGCAGUACACAGCAAGACACGGCCGCGCACGCCUCGCACACCCUCCACACGCUCGAACGGCUCACUCAGUCCACGCGCCACCAUGCCUCCUCGCAGAACGACGAGUGCACGCACCAGAGCGAUGUAUGGGCCAGUGUGCGGCGUGCGACGCGCGAGAUGCAGCAGGGUGUACAGGCCGCCUUGCGCGAUAAUGGAGCCAGUGCGGGAGAGAUGCACAGACAGAUGGAGCAAGAUGGCUUACUGCAAGCGCGCGAGAUAGUUGAGCGCGGUGAGGAGCUGCGCAGACAGGCGAAGAGCGCACACGAAAAUUACUCUUCCCUCUCCCAACACACUCAGUCGGAUGCACGCACAGUGUGCGAAGGCGUCGCGCAGCAUGUCGCACAGGUGCACUUGCGCGUGCAGGGAGAUGUCGAUACUUUGUCCUCUCUCACUGCCUCCGCGGCGGGCGAUAGCAGGGCGCAUGCGGACGAUGUUGGCAGGGCUGUCGCUUCGCUGGAACUCUCUCUCGAUGCUCUCAUGCAGACGCUCAGUGUGGGCGGCAGUAGCAACACCAACAUUCCUCGCAAGAGGGAGUGGGUCGGCGAUGGGGCAUAUGACAUGCAGGCCGUACAGAGCAGAGGCGAUGUGCUGCGAGCUGUAACGGGUGGUCCGCCGAAGCGGGCUAAGAGUUUUGGAGGGGGUGCGGGAGGUGCUGAUGGAGUUGAAGUUGGUGAUGGUGAAAGUAAUAAUGCUCACAAUCAGCCUCACGCUCACCCCCACUCCCACGCAGACUCCGACAGACAGGGCUCGGCUCCGCCUGAGAUGUCGCCACGCAAAGAGGGCGCAUACACGGUCGAUGCGCGUGUGUUAAAGGAGAGCAAGGAAGAAGAUGCGGGAGAGAUGUUUAGGAAGACGCUAAGUAGUCUGAAAGGGGAUAGUGGGGAGGUUGAGAGGGAGGUUGAGAGGGUGCCAGAGAAGGUAUCAGCGGAGGAGAGUGUGGAUAUCGAAGGUGUAGAAGGCGGGGAAGGCGUAGUUGACGCAGAACUUCCUCAUUCCUAUCAACCCCCUCAACCCCCACCCUCGCAUUCAACAAAUGGCCGUCGCGCUCCGCAGCCAAGUCGUCGACCUACAUCAAAUUCAAAUUACACCUCCACUUCCGCCUCUGCACAGGGAAACCCACGCGUGACGCGUAAUAGAGCACCUCUGCGCACUACAUCAACGAAUACCACCAAUAAUGCUCCUGAUGUCCCUGGAACAGCGCGCACGAGAAGCAGUAACAGUAGUAAUAAUGCUGGCAACGCAAACAGCGCGAAUGGAAAAGCGCCACCUGCCAAGAGACGCACAAAACGAACAACUUGA